AUAUUUGAAGAUGAAACUAUUCAAUGUAUGGUUUUAAAUGCUGAUAGUCAAUAUCCAGUUAUUGGUGGUGAUCGAGGUUUUGUACAAAUCAUUCGAACACAUGAUUUACAACCUGUUUAUGCUUAUCCACAAUGUGAUGCUAGUAUUCGUUCAUUAGCAAUAACUCAUGAUCAAAAGUAA